UCCUGAGGAGGUCCCCCCAUCGCGACAAUAUCCUUGGCCCUUACUCUCGUUUAUGAAAUAUGUUUAUCGAUCAUCAUAUUUGUGGCAGUUCCUUCUCAAAUUUUUAUCUAAUGUGCUUUUAGUAAUUGAGAAGGCUCGUCGAAAGGUUAAUACUGAUCGAAUCAUGUUUCUUGUGAGUAAGUAGUUAUUUUCAUAGUUUUUCUCAGACACGUUCUUGGCAACAAAAUUUGAGCCUGAAAAAGUAAUGGUUACCUCGAGCCAUCGCACUAUCCAGUUGUGAGAAGAAUUAAUGACCCUGCGCGGUGUCGUAUGCACUGACACCUUUACCACCCCUCCAGCACUCUCAGACCGAAGGCGCGCCUGAUCUUCAUGAAGAAAAUGUAGCCGCGUCGGAAAGCCUGUCUCUCUGCGUUACUGCAGACCACAAAGAUGUGACGCAACGUAUAUCUAGGUGAACAUAGGCCGUCAGUUAUGGCAGCGAGCAGAAAGUGAGAAUAAGACGCUGGUAAAGCUAAAAGGUGAGCAUAGAGAUGCAGAGUUUCGAAAUUUCCUUGAGGAGCAUAUUAAUAUUGUGAAGAGCAUCGACUGCUAGAUGACCAUGUUUGUUGAGAGAAACCUAAACAGGAAAAAAGCGACCUAAAAGAAGGAACCAAUAAAAAAGUGAAAGUUUAGAACUUCAACGGUACAACUAAUUCAGGUCGGUGGCUCUCGACGAUAUUGAUGUAGGAGCUUCAAAAAUGAAAGUCCGCCUACUUGUGCCGAUUCGGGCAGAUCACUUUUGAGUAAGUGUAAAUGUUGAAGAUCAAGAUCCUAUAAUUCCUGACGAGAACACUUGAUUGAUUUUUUUGUGUAGCUAGACGUUGGAGCAUUUAAUCAAACGGAAAAACGACAUGAGUACAGCGACUGUCGAUUUAGAGUUACCUUCCCACUGGCGAGUCGAGUACGAUCCAUCGAACGGUCGUCCGUACUACUACAACAGCGAGACAGGAGCCGUGUCAUGGACUAAGCCUGGCGAAGCCUGGUCUUUGUCCUACGAUAAUGUGUCUCAGCAACAGUACUGGAUCGAUGCCCAGGGCAACACAAGGCCGCUUGAUCAGUAUCAAUAGGUUGGAUCGAUGACUACUUGAAUCUAUAGCUCCAGCUAGUAUCUUCUUCUUCUUAAUGAUAGUGUAUGAGCCUCUACUAAUUCUUGGAGAUGAUGGUAAUUUUAUGAUAAAGAGCUUGAACUUCUAGUACUCCACGAAAUCGCCGAGAUUCUUGUCUGGAGAAUAAUCUUAGGUAAAAUAAACUUCAUUUAGGUCAGCGUCAAGAUCAACGACUCCGCGAGGAGGUGGGACGCCUCGCAUUUUCAGCGCACGAUCAAGCUCGACAAGACUCGACUGGUUCAAUAAGAACAAGAAUGAGCUGUUGGCGGAUCGCAAGAUGCGGCCGGCAGCCGCGGGCGGCGAGUAUGCCCCGGAAGAGGAGUUCCGUUUCCAACAGCAGCUGCUGCUUCAGCAGAAUCCGCUUUUGCUCCCGCAACGCAGCCCGCGGCAGCAGGUCGAUCCGUAUCUCUACACGCCACCCGAGGCGCUUGCGUCAAACUAUGCGCCUAACGUGGCUGGAGGUUUCGCCCCUGGUGAAGUAGACCAAAGUGGCGCGGUUCUUGGAGGAGCUCGCAUUUCGGGAGCGACAAUAGUUGUAUGCGUUCUCAUUUUUUCAUCCGUAGGUAUGACCAUUCCGGGACCGCCCUGCUUUUUAGCAGAUGCGUUGUUGUAGAUACUUAGUCGUAGUUAUGGAUUAGAAGAUUUUACAAAUACAAGAUACAAGAUGAUGGGGAGCAAAAAGCGGGAUGGUCCAGCCGGAUGUAAGAGAGUACCUCCAUACUGAGCGCCUGUGACUUCGGCGAUGAUACCACGAGUUACGACACCUCGAAAAACAGUAGGAACGCCACGCGGGGAUGGGUUCGGGACGCCCAGGAGGAUACAUCCUGCGAGAGCUGCCGACGAGGGGGAGAACACUCCUAGAGCCGCCUCUGCAAAGUUGCUGGGACAAACUAUGAGCACUCCUCUUGUCUCCGGAGGUGACGGAACACCUGUUGGCACCCCUCGAACGAGCCCCAAAGCUGGAGGAGGCGGCACGCCCCGCGCUGCACUCGAACAGAGGACCGCAGGUCCCUACCAUGUUGGAACGCCACAUAUAAAGACGGGUGAGGACGAGAACCUUCAUCAGGGUGCUGACGGAGAGUAUCCUAAUAAAGCGGGAAGAGUUCUUGCUUCUUUGUCAACUGCUGCGAGCAAAGUGACUAGCUCGUGCGUGUCUGGUCCAGCACUACGCACGGCUGCCAGCGACGACUCCAAUCUAACGCCAGAAGCAGACGGUGGGUAUGUGCCAAAUAAGACCACAGAGCCGGGGACACUACGCGCGUCGUCAUCAUCGACAUCAGCAAUUGCACAGCCAUCAACUCCCCGCGGGCGGCCGUCAACACCUCGCGGCGGUAUUAGUCGAAACUACGCGACCAGCGGACCAGUGGUCACAUCACAGCUAGCUCCGCAGCUGCAGUUACCGCAACAGCCUGUUCCAACGGCAGCCGACAUCCCCUCCCGAAGUCCUCGAGUGGUGCCUUCCCCGCGACUCUCGAACGGCUAUGCCUAUGGCGCGCAACAGCAACAAUUCGUUAAUAUCUACAAUUCAGUCGUAAGCGUGAGCGGCACAUGGACUGGGGCGGCUUUACGAGGACAAAAUCAAGCUGAUAGUACUCCGAGCUCGAGCAGUAGCAGUACCGCCCGCCAGUAUUACGGAGCGAUUCCUUCUAGCGGCCAGGUAACAUCUGGGGAAUAUAACAUGGCGUCAGGGGCAUCGGGUGUAAUUUCGGCUCCGUACAACACCGGACAGCCCGACCCGUAUUCUAAUCCGUAUAAUUUAGCUGCUCGGCAAGGAUAUAGCGAGCCGUUGGGACAGGACCCAAUGGCGCAACAAGCACAAGCAGUACAUGACCCGUAUGGCCAGACAAUUUUCGGAGGAGAACAUCCAGGCCCGCCGACUAGUCAUGACCAUAGCCCCUACCGCGCCUCCAACCCGCAUGAUCCGUACAUAAAAAGUGCCGCAGCAGAAGAUAUAGAUCGAGGUUCAUCUACGUUAUCGGCGGUUGCUAGUGAUCAACAUAACGACCCUUACGGGUACACUCAUCCGGUUCCGGCACAGCAGACCCACCAGUCAACAGCACCCGCUCCUCCCUAUAACGCGCGAAAUACACCACACAACACAACUCCACUACCACCUUAUGGCCAUCAGUACCCAACCUCCUUUCAGAUUGAGCAGAAUUAUAUUGGCAGCGGCGGCAGUCAACACUGCUCGGGGGACAAUAAUUACGGCUAGUUUUACUUUAUUAUCCUGGACGUGAUAAGUGUUGAGACUGAAGUUGUAUACUGUGUCGCGGGUAGCAGUGCUUUGAGAGUAUUUUUUAGUUUCAAUUCAAGUACUCCAGAUCAUUGAAUACAUUACAACCCGCUUCGAUGAAGUCAGAACAAUCUUCAUGAAAAGGCAACACUUCUGUCUCUAAGCCCACGCGGCCGGCUACGCCUAUCAUUACCCUCCAUCUUCCCACCAGGCUAUGAAUCAGCGUCCCUCCUCGUCAUCCGCGGUGAGACCGCCCGCAGCGGCUCCAGUCCCGGCUCAACGAAUCCCCCUGUCGCAGGUCGCUCAAUCAGCAACGCAAGCUCGCCAAAGUAUCUACCCUUCGCCACACCAGUUACACCUCGCUGCCUCUGCUCCUGCCUUUUCUGGAGGACCAGGCCCACCCUUGUGCCAGCAUCCGGGAAACUCGGGCUACGGCUUUCCGCCUGCGGGACCCCCCGGCCACUCCUUCAGUAGAGUGCCAGCGAUCUACAAUCAGUCGAGAACUGCGCGCCCUGCUCCAGCGGAACCUGACCUGAUGCUCCUCUCGGAUCGGGACAUGAUGCAGGGGAUCGAAGAAUUGGUUCGGGCGCCGAGAGAUCGGACCUAUUCUGAGGAGGAUCAAGACAAAAUCCAGCGGUGGGUGCGCAAAGCACAAGAAAUAAAAGGCCAGGUACGCAGUUGAUCUAACAUGCUAGACCUUUCUCCAUGAAAAAAAAUCUGUUGUCGUCGUUCUCGUUGUAUCUGAAUGUAGAUGUAGCGUCGUUAUUUUUAUCUUUCUAGUAAAAAUUGUUUUACAACUUUUAUGUCAUCUACUUCCAUGAAGAUGAACCAACGCACCAGGUUGUGGAAGCCCUCGCGGACAAGUGGAACUUAUGGACCAGUAACGACGGGGCUCGUGUUAAGGCUCUCUACUUUACCUGUAGUAGAGUAGAAUGUCACUGUCAGUAAAUCUUCCUAUGUAUAGGUUAUAAGAUAUAGAUAUACUCCAGCACCGCAUUUCAUAUGAUUGUGAAACAGUAGAUGUAGAUGUACUCGUGAACGAUGCGCGCAGCACAUGAUGAAUAUUUAUCAAAAUGCGACUAGGAAAAGAAAUUUGGAAGAUCUCUAAGCGUGGAAGUGGAAACUGCCAUGUAGGUAUGGGAACAACAGGUGUGCACGCGUCUUUCGAACCGGCGGCUUUCGCAGAUGUAUUACCUGUAUUCUUGUUGUCUCCAGCUGCAAGUAAAUCUUCAUAUUUUUCAUCCACUAAUUACACUUCAUUUUUUUAUUGUUACAGUUACAAAUACUAGAUUCCGGUCAUAGAACACAACUCCACUACUUACUUACGAGUAUCCACUGUUUGACCGCGGGUUCACAUCAGUCAAUCACUGUACUACCAUACAUAGAUGUACGACGGAUACAGCUGUCGUGCUGGUGGGCAACAAGAGGGCUACAAGUACGAGUUACCGCCGGAUCGCGGAGACGAUUUUUCUGGUGGCGAUGACACGUUUAAGGCCAGGAGGUUUGUCGAUGCUUAACUUGAUUUAUGCCAUGAAUGUUGAUGCGACGAAGAGAGUUUUAGCUCUAAUAGCACUGCGCUCAUGGGGAAGAUCGAAAGUGGAUUGGAGUAUCUCUUUUCGCGUUUCUUGCGACGCGGCGGCGACGGUGGCAAUUCUUCAGGAUCAGAACAUCCUGGGGCGCGAGAGCAGACUGAUUCGCAUGCGUAUCCUGGAGGUUCUUUUCCCUGACCGCAUUAAGGUGCCACGAGUACCUGACGGCGAAGGGGAAGGAAUUGAGCAGCAUGUCUGGUCUUAACCCUAAGACCACUCUUGGAACAUUCAAUGGGAGUAUGCGUAGCUAAGAACAUGAUGAAGAUGCAAGCAUGAGCCGCAAUGAGAUUCUGAUGAAUCAUUUUUUCUUUUGGUGCAUAUUCAAAGUUGCGUGGGGCUUUUAGCAAUUCCGUCCAUGUACAUGAGUACGAGUAGUUCUCGCUGCAUAGUUGUAACCAGUUUUGUGUUUUUCAUAUAUGUCAUCAAAUCCAGGUGUCGACGUCGAUCAGCAGAGACUUCAUUUCAAGAGAUACUCUCGUUCUGAUUGUAGUGGAAGGGGUUCAUCUUGAUGAACUGGACCUCCCCGCUCUUGUUUAGUUCAUAGUUCCCAGCAUCAGCAAGAGUACAGCACUCUUGUUAUUUUGUGCUGACAUGAGCAACAGCGGCUACGGCCAGUCCGAAGACACUCGCACCUCAAUGUCUUUGCUACGCACAUCAUGAUCUUCAUGUUGUUCCCCAUGUUGUCAGUAGUUCUUCAUGCUCUCAUCAAUCAAAGGAGGAUGGGACGCGUGGACGUUCAGAUCGCUCAACGC